AUGCUUUCACUUCGUCGUUCUAUUCUCACACAAUCCAUUCCCAAGACAUUUACCAGUAUUUCCGCUUCUUCAAAAUAUUCAACUAUUCGAAACUUGUCAAGGGCUGAAUCUGUCAAAUUGAAAGAAUUAAAAGAAGGGCAAAUCUGGUCUUAUCACCACAGACCUCAAGAUACAUCCUCUCGAUUAAUUAUUUACAAAAUAGACCAUAUUAAUGGAAAAGAUAUAAUUCACAUUACAGUUGAUGGAUUAAAUUUUUCUGGAAAGAACAUUAUAAUUUACCAUUUACCAUUUGAAAGAGAAUAUUUUGAACAGGACAUUACUGAAUUAAUUGGACAUUGUACUGAAAAGCCUGCCAAUGAAACAAUUGAAGGAUAUAAAUAUUGGAAAGAGGAUUCAGGAAAGGCAUGGUCAAAGACUGUUGCUGAGUGUAUUGAAAUGAUAGAGAAAAUCUAUAAAGAUCGAAAUAUUGAAAUAAAGUAA